UCCAUCACGUUUGCCUCUAUUUUUGUUCUACUGAGAAUGCUUGAAUCUUGUUGACAUGGCAUAAGUGUUCUUAAGGCAAAAAGGGUAUCGAAAUUCUCCUCAAUGUGUGCAUGCAGCAAAUGUCAGUUACUGGCCCAGUCAGGCAAGUGGUUGCUGUAGGCCAGUCUGCAAAGUCACUACUGGAAAUCCACAAGAUAUCAGUAUGCUACAUCCUAACUCAUGUGUGUUAAACAGACCAGGCCAAUUGAGCUGAUGUGUUAGCAAUGCAUGCUUAACAAUUUGUUUUCAGGGUAUUCUGGCCUCAAAUUGUUACAAUAAAAGUCCUUGAAACAUUGGCUCUAUGCACUGAAAUUGGUGGUGGCCACCCACCAAGCUCUGAGGACUUGGAUAUUUAAUGUAUAAGAGAUGAAUUGUUGCUGCAAGGUCACUGCUACAGCAGACAUGUUCAGUGUCUUGUGUUUUUUCCAUCCAGGCUGAAGGCCAAAAUGCUACCCGAACUUGGUAGGUGGAAGCCAAGUGAAGCCAAGACCAUGGUUGUCUAGUUGUGAUUAUUUUGAGAGCUUAUUGAGUGGUGUGAUAUGGGAACUGAUGGAACCAGAAACUGGCAACUCAACAAACAAAAUGGAGGAGUCAGCGACCCCUAAAGACUCAAAGGAUGUCACCAAGUCCAGACAUGACAUCUUCAUCCAGGAGAUUGAGGGCAUGGAUGACUACUGGGGCUCCACCUUCCGCAACGUGUACGACAAAGAGGAGCAGGAGCAGUUCAUGCAAGAACUGGACGACCGCAUCAAGGAGCACGACAAGAACAUCGAGCGCAUGUGCAGCUUCCACUACCAGGGCUUCAUCGACUCGAUCCGGGAGCUGCUGCAGGUGCGCUCGGAGGCGAGCAAGCUGAAGCACGAGGUGGUCGGCGUGCACCAGGAGCUGGCCGACGUGUCGCUACAGUUGCUGCAGCAGGGCGACACGCUGGCGCGCGCGCGCCGCGUGCAGACGAACGUCCAGCAGGGCAUGACGGCUCUGAUGGCGUGCCUGCCUGUGCUCGAGACGUACGCCAAGCUGAGCCGACAGAUGAAGGAGCAGCGCUUCUACCCGGCGCUCAAGACGCUCGAGCUACUCGAGCUCACGUACCUGCCGCGCGUGGCCGAGCACCGCUUCGCGCAGACGAUCCGCGAGAGCGUGCCGCGCAUGCGCGACAGCAUCCGCGACGCGUCCAUGUCCGACCUGAAGGACUUCCUGGAGGAGGCGCGCCGCGAGUCGCCGCGCGUGGGGGAGGUGGCCAUGCGGCACGCGGCCGAGCAGUGCGCGCUGGACGCGGCCGCGCCGCGGCCCGCGAUGCAGAAGCGGCAUACGCUCGCCUUCCUCGGCGUGCAGGCCAUCUCGCCGAUCGCGCUAUACGGCGAGGAGCCGGCCGACGACGCCGACGACGAGGGCGCCGCGCAGGAGAUGGUCAACUUCUCUGCCGUCUACCGCUGCCUGCACAUCUUCACGGCGCUGGGCGCGCGCGACGCGUUCGAAACUUACUACCGCAAGCAGCGGCAGCAGCAGUGCGAACUGGCGCUGCGGCCGCCGGCCAACAUGCACGAGUCGCUGGUCGGCGUGCGUGACUACCUGCACGGCGUGGCCGGCUUCUUCGUGGUGGAAGAUCACGUGCUCAACACCACAUCUGGCCUGGUGACGCGCGCCCACCUGGACCAGCUGUGGUCGGAGGCGCUGGCGCAGCUGACGGCCGCGCUGCAGACCCACUCGGCCUGCUGCACCGAUCCCAACAUGCUGCUCACCUUCAAGCGACUCAUCAUGAUCUUCAGCCACACGCUCCGCAACUACGGCCUGGCGGUGCAGCCGCUGAACCAGCUGCUGCUGGACAUCCGCGACCACUACAGCGAGGUGCUGAUGCAGCGCUGGGUGCAGGUGUUCCGCGAGAUCUUCGACAGCGACAACUACCACCCGGUGCAGGUGGACUCGGAACAAGAGUACGAGCAGAUCACGCUCGUGUUCCCCUACGCCAACGCGCAGCUGGAGAAGGCGCCAUUCCCGAAGGCGUUCCCCUUCUCGCUGAUGGUGCCCAAGGUGUACUCGCAGGUGAAGGAGUUCAUCCACUCGUGCCUGCGCUUCUCCGAAGACCUGGACCUCAGCCAGAGCGAGAAGGACGACGUGCUGCGCAAAUCGACGAACGUGCUGCUGACGCGCACGCUGUCCGGCUGCCUGGCCACGCUGAUCAGAAAGCCGGGCCUGGGCCUGCUGCAGCUCAUCCAGAUCACCAUCAACACCAUCUACCUGGAGGAGGCCAGCGUCUACCUGGAGGACGUCAUCACCAGGAUCACCGGCUACAACCCGAAGCAGGACGGCGGCCUGCAGUCACGCCUGGUCGGCCACACCAUGUUCAAGGACAUCCGCGCUGAGACAGAGCAGCAGAUCUACAUGCAGCUGCAGGCCAAGAUCGACGAGUUCCUCGAGCUGGCCGCCUACGACUGGCUGCUGCCAGAGCCGGAGGGCACGGCCAGCGCUUACCUGGUCGACCUCAUCUACUUCCUCAACACCACCUUCACGGCCUUCACCAACCUGCCGACCAAGGUGGCGCAGACGGCCUGCAUGAGCGGCUGCCAGCACGUGGGCAAGCAGCUGAUGCAGCAGCUGCUGGGCGAGGACGCGCGCCAGCUGUCCACCGGCGCGCUGCAGCAGCUCAACCUGGACGUGAUUCAGUGCGAGCAGUUCGCCGCCUCGGAGCCGGUGGCCGGUUUCGAGGAGGGCGCCCUGCUGAUGUGCUUCGCCGACCUGCGCCAGCUGCUCGACCUCGUGCUCGACUGGGACUGGGCCACCUACUUCCAGGAGUACGGUGCGCCCGACGCCCGCUACGCGCGCGUCAGUCCGGCGCGUGCCACCGUCGUGGUGGAGAAGCUGCGCGAUGCCGACAAGAGGAACAUGUUCUCCGUGCUGAAGCGGGCCGAGCGCGAUCGCAAGAAGCUGCAGGACACGGUGCUGAAGCAGCUGCGGCAGCUGGCGCAGGCCGGCCAGCAGUGACGUCGGCGGAGCUGGGGGACGGG